GAUGGCGGCCGCCGCCGGUUCAGUCAUCAAAGUUCCCCGUAACUUCCGGCUACUGGAGGAGCUGGAAGAGGGCCAGAAGGGUGUUGGAGACGGGACAGUGAGCUGGGGACUGGAGGACGAUGAAGACAUAAUGCUGACUCGCUGGACAGGCAUGAUCAUAGGGCCUCCCAGGACAAUCUACGAGAACAGGAUGUACAGUCUAAAGGUAGAAUGUGGACCCAGAUAUCCUGAGUCUCCCCCUUUUGUCCGAUUUGUGACCAAGAUCAAUCUGAAUGGCGUGCACAACUCAAACGGUGUGGUGGACACGCGGGCGGUGGCGGCACUGGCUAAGUGGCAGAACUCGUACAGCAUCCGUGUGGUGCUGCAGGAGCUCCGGAGGCUCAUGAUGUGUAAAGAGAACAUGAAGCUCCCCCAGCCGCCCGAAGGCCAGGUCUUCAGCAACUGAGCUCCCUGGCCCUGACGAGCCCUGCUAUCCCUAUUCUCCCUCACUAUCUCCAUCCAACACACACACACGUAAACCUACACAUACAGUACAUGCACUGAUUCAAUGCUUCCUCACAUGUGCACACUCGCACGAACCCCCACACACAGCGUUACGUUCCCCUUAUUUUUCUGAGACUCUCGAAUACUCUGUUCUCACGUAAGCUCUUUUGCCAGGCCCCUCUCACCUUCUGUCCUAAAUGCCAUGCCCACUUCCCCUCUCUCCUCUCUCUCUCUCUCUCUCUCUCUCUCUACUCUACUCUACUCUACUCUACUCUACUCUACUCUACUCUACUCUACUCUCACUCUCACUCGACUGAGAUGGUUGCACAGGUGGACUCCACCCCCCCAUCAUCUACCCAACUGUGCAGACCAGACAUUACGAUACAAAUUACUGU